AUGCCCUACCCCUGCUACGUGGAUGACGUGUUUCUGCGCGUGCUGAACCGCUCUCUGCCCCUCUUCAUGACGCUGGCCUGGAUCUACUCCGUGGCCAUGAUCAUCAAAGGCGUGGUGUACGAGAAGGAAGCGCGGCUGAAGGAGACCAUGCGCAUCAUGGGCCUGAGCUCCGGGACUCUGUGGCUCAGCUGGUUCAUCUCCUCCCUGGUUCCCUUCCUGGUGUCCGCAGCGCUGCUCAUUGCUCUGCUCAAGUGGGGGGACAUCCUGCCCUACAGCGACCCGUCCGUGGUCUUCUUCUUCCUGUCGGCCUUCGCCACCGCCACCAUCAUGCAGUGUUUCCUGAUCAGCACCUUCUUCUCCAAAGCCAACCUGUCGGCGGCGUGUGGAGGCCUCAUCUACUUCAGCCUGUACCUGCCGUACGUGCUGUGUGUGGCCUGGAGAGACCGCCUUACCAGCACGCACCGCAUCCUUGCUAGCUUCCUGUCCCCUGUGGCCUUCGGCUUCGGCUGUGAGUACUUCUCCCAGUUUGAGGAGCAGGGCGUGGGCAUCCAGUGGUCCAACCUGGGGCUGAGUCCUGUGAGCGGAGACAAGUACAGCUUCGCUACGUCCAUCUCCAUGCUCUACGCCGACGCUUUCAUCUACGCCGUGGCCGCCUGGUACAUCGAGGCCGUGUUCCCAGGAGAGUACGGCAUCCCCAGACCCUGGUACUUUGUGUUCCAGAUGAACUUUUGGAGCGGGCUUCCUCUGGAGGUGGGCAUGCCCCUCCCCCCUGCGCCCGCAGAACAGGACCAAGACCACAUCGAGCCGGACCCCUCAGACCUGGUCCAGGGCGUGAGCAUCAGAAACCUGGUGAAGAUCUAUAAGAAAGGCGGGAAAGUGGCCGUGAACCACCUCAACCUGAAGUUCUACGAGGGUCAGAUCACAUCUUUCCUGGGACACAACGGAGCGGGGAAGACCACCACCAUCUCAGUCCUGACCGGCCUGUUCCCUCCUUCCUCUGGGACAGUGUACAUCGGGGGGAUGGACAUUCGCCACAACAUGGAUUACAUCCGCAGGACUCUAGGGGUGUGUCCCCAGCACAACGUCCUCUUUGACAUUCUGACGGUGGAGGAGCACGUGUGGUUCUAUGGUCGUCUCAAAGGUCUGUCUGAGGAGGAGGUCCGGCAGGAGCUGGACACUCUGCUGGAGGAUGUGGGACUGCUACACAAGAAACGGGAGCAGGCCAAGAACCUCUCUGGUGGGAUGCAGAGAAAGCUGUCGGUGGCCAUUGCGUUCGUAGGAGGCUCCAAAGUGGUGGUUCUGGACGAGCCCACCGCCGGAGUGGACCCUUACUCCAGAAGAGGCAUCUGGGAUCUGCUUCUCAAGUACCGCAAAGAUCGCACCAUCAUCCUCUCCACUCACUACAUGGACGAGGCAGAGCUGCUGGGGGACCGCAUCGCCAUCAUCUCCCAGGGCCGGCUCUGCUGCUGUGGGACCCCCCUGUUCCUGAAGUCCCACCUGGGCUCUGGGUACUACCUGACCGUGGUGAAGAGGGACGGGGCCAGUGCCAGUCACUCAAGCGUGUGCACUAGCAGCAGCAGCACCAGCAGAGUGCCUCCUCCCAACAAGCCUCCGGACACAGAAUCCUCCAUGAGUGAAGACACAGGUCUGGGCAGCGAGGACAACGGCUCCAGCGUGGGGGCCCUGCUGUCCCUGGCUCAGCAGAUGGUCCCUGGGGUCCGUCUGGUGGAGGACCAGGGCUCCGAGGCCGUGUUGAACCUGCCUCAGUCUGCGGUGAAGGACUGCAGUCUGGCCCUGUUCCUCUCGGAGCUCGAGCUGAGGCUACAGGAGCUGGGCCUGCGGAGCUAUGGCCUCUCACACAGCUCUCUGGAGGAGCGGUCUGUUUGUGCCAUAGGUCCAGAACCAGCAGAGACAGACCCCCUCAGCGCGGGCGGGCAGUGUGGGCUCCCCCUGGUGGGCUGGAGGCUCACGCUGCAGCAGUUGCGAGCGCUUUUCAUCAAGCGCUGGCUGUACGCACGCAGGAGCCGUCGCGGCCUCUUUGCUCAGCUCAUGUCAGAAGUGGACAUUCCGCACGACACACUAUGA